AUGGCCCCUCGGUUCCAAAGCGUUGCUGUCAUUGGCGCAGGUCCAUCCGGUAUCUCUGCUGUCAAAGCCUUGAAAGAGGAAAAUAUCUUUCCAACGAUACGUCUCUUUGAGCGACGUAACAAAGUGGGAGGAAUUUGGCACCUCGAUGAGAUCCCUGAUCAGUUUCCAUCACCAGGGGUCUCAAGCCGAACGGAUAACGAAAUUCCAGCUCGCCUUCCAUUGCUGACGUCUCCUUCGCCAGAAGACUUGACAUCUCGCACUGCCAUCUACGAAGGUCUUGAUAGCAAUGUGGGCGCGAAGGCCAUGGCCUUCACACACACACCAUUUCCGAAUCGCUACUCUGCCUCAUCCACCAGAAACUUGGGGCAUUCCAAUCCUACAAGGCCCUUUCGUGUUGUUGCGAAGUACUUGGAAGACUUUUUCCAGGAUUAUCUUCAUCUAGCUUCUCUCAACACGACAGUUGAGAAGGUGGAAAAGUUGGGACACCAAUGGAACCUGACGCUUCGACAAUCUGGUCACUCAGAUGGAACCAAUCCGAAAGAUUACUGGUGGGAGGAACAAUUUGACGCUGUGAUCGUUGCAUCUGGUCAUUAUAGUGUGCCAUUGGUUCCUGAUAUACCCGGACUCGCUACUGCCCUUGAACGCUAUCCGACUGCGUUUGAGCAUUCCAAGGCAUAUCGAAGAGCCGAUGACUACGUGAAUAAACGAGUGGUAGUAGUUGGAGGCAGUGUCUCCUCGGCAGAUCUUGUCGCGGAUUUGCAUUCAAUUGUUCAAGGGCCCCUCGAAUUAUCACAGAGAGGAAUAAACGAGGCGCUUCAAUCCGCCUGGAGUUUACCAAAUGUCAAGGCUAGACCUACCAUUAAGGAGAUUACAUUGUCUGAACAGGGGAUACAUGUCAGAUUCUCUGAUGAUACGGUUAUAGAGGGUGUGGACAAGAUCAUUUUCGCCACGGGGUACAAGCUCUCUUAUCCAUUCAUUUCACCUAAUCCUGUAACUCCCAACAAUCGAGUAGCAGGGUUUUACCAGCAUAUCUUCAAGAUUGGAGAUCCAUCGCUGGCACUUGUUGGUCAGGUUCGCGCCGGAAUCAGUUUUCGGGUUUAUGAAUACCAGGCUGUGGCUGUGGCCCGCUACUUUGCCGGAAGGAAUGCAGCACCCUUGCCAACGCCACAAGAGCAAGAUUUUUGGGAGGUCAAGAGACUUCAAUACAAAGGCCAUACAGCUCUUUUCCACGAAAUCAAGCCCGAUUUUGAAGAAUACUUCGAUUUCUUAACAAAUUUGGCUGGUCCCCCAGCACCAGGAACAGAUGGCUACGAGCUUCCUCCUUGGGAAGAUCGAUGGGCCGAGCAAGCAUUUGAAGUUCUUCAGCUCAAAGAUAAAUACUGGAAGUCACUGCAAAAGGCAGCCAGUGGUGAACGCAAACCAGUAUCUAAGUUAUGA